UUUAUAAUGCUAAAAGAGACGAAGACAAAAGCAAAAGAUUAGUUCAAAAGACUAGUGAUUUUUAGAGGAGAGCGAAAUGCAGAGCACUCAAGUUAAGUAUAUUUUCUCAGAGUACCCUUCACUCCUCUCAAAUCCAAUUCAAAGAACCAUUGAUUUUCCGAACUAUUCGUAUCCAUUUCCCAAACAUGCCGUACUUUCCCAUUUCCAUUUGCAGAAUCCAAUUGCGUCGACGAGGAAAAAGAAAAGGCAAUCCGGAUUCGUCAGAUCAACCAAAAUCAUGCUAGAAUCAGCCUAUUUCAUUGCGUCAAAGCUCAAUAUUUUGCCGGAGCCAUUGGAUUUAAUUAUAAGAGAAUUUGGAGGUGGAAAUGGAGGUGGAUUUAGGUUUUGGAGAGGUCAUGGAUUUGAUGGGUGGAGAAGAAGAAAGAAGAUAAAUUGGGGAUUUUGGGUCUUAUUAGUAAUCAUUGGUGUGGGAUUGUGGUUGAUUUUGGCCAAGGAAUUGGAAAUUGAUGUAUUUUUGGGGAUUUUGGGUUUAACCCUUUUUGGGUUUUCAGUUAAUGUGUGGAAAAGAGGGGUUUCAGAUUGGGCAUUAGGGUUCUGUUGUUGUGCGGCAUUGUUAGGUUUUUUGUUGAGAGAAGAUUUGCAGAAACGGGUCGGGUUUUUUGGUACUGUGAAGAUUGCUAGGAGGAGGAAAAGGUGACUGUUUUAACCAAAAUUUUGCAUAAAAAUGGAGUUAUGAUACAUUUUAGUUUUGUGUUCUUUUGUAGGAAUUGUAUUUCUUUAUAGCUUCUUUGCUCUAAUAUGGAUUUUGCAACAAAAAUCACUAUUAUUGUUCAUUAACCA